UGUGCGCGCGGCUGCUGCCAGAGACACUUCUGCGCUUCCAGAAGGGCAAGAGACGCACCGAACAGACCGGCGCUAAUGAGCUGGGGACUAUUGUGAGACUUCACAGGUUUUUGGUAUCGUUCUUGCACUUUUAAACUGUUUGCGAGGAAGUCAUCACGUGUUGUGGAUUUUACUUUUUUUCUGAGAUCAUGAACUUAAGUGUUAUGCGCUGAAAUCUUCAUUCACGGAGUUUUAACCGGCGGGAUUUCUAAAUUUAAAGGUAUCUGUUUGGACAACAGGACUCCAUUUGCAUCUCUGAUAUGGGACUUUAGGUUUAUACUUCUCAUAUCGUCUUUCCUGGAGUGAAUUUGGCUGGUUUAAAACAUUUACGCUCUUCCAGAAAUGGUGGGGCAUUUACAUCUGCAAGCUAUGGAUGAGAGUUUGAAAGGAAAGAACCGGGAGGGACUGCUGGAUAGUCCCGAUUCAGGACUCCCUCCAAGCCCCAGUCCACCCUUCUACUCUCUGUCACCAGGGAUCCUCGAGUCACGCUCCGGCAGCUGCUCAACCCCAAAUGAGCUGCAAGGAUACUGCAGAAAGGAGAGCCGGGAAGGCAAACUGCUGCCAUACUUGCUCCUGAACUCUCAAGGUCCAGAUGCAAAGUCACGCAUGUACCCUGUGGUCUAUGGAGAGAGUAUCGAGGUUAACCCCAAACCAGAAAAAGAGAUCAAGUUCAACUCUGCAGUGAAGUACGCUUCAGACAGACACUUCCGUGACCAGGUGUUCUGCGCCCAGGUCCCGACCGCCACAUCCUUCAGCGAGACGGUGGUUGCCGUUCAGAACUGCACGUGGCGCAGCUACAAGUCAGAGGUUCACUUUGAGCCACGUCACAGGCCACUACACUUCCAAAGCACCACCAUCGUGUUCCCCAAACACACCCGGAAUACAUACCGCACCACGCUGAACUACAACGGCAACAGAAACGCAGCCGGGCGCCGGCGGUUUGUGUCCACAGUCAGACUGGAGUCCACCGAGGACGCCAGUCCAUGCAUCAUUUACACAGAAGACCUCUGAGAGACACACAGGAGAGAUGUGUUAUCCUUCCCAAAAUUGGUUAGAGAGCUACAGUGAGAGUACAUGGACUAAAACCCUGAUCCAGCGACGGAGGCUCAGUGAGGGUCAUUUUGUUCUUUUGCUUCCAGUGACAUUGGUACUUGAUGUUGGAGAUGAGCUGAAGUUGAGUGUGUGUUUGUGGUCUUUACAUAUGUUUUACGUGUCAGUAAUGUUUUUAUGUACAUCUGGAGAUU